ACGAAGAAGACUUUUUGGGGCCAGCCGUUGCAGCUGAACUGCCAAUAUAAACAUUGGUCCGUCUUUGAGGAUUUGUGUGCAUUUUAUAAGCGUAAACGUUGUUCUUCCAAGGUUUAAUUGCAGUUUUGCAUUAUGAUAAGGGAAAUGAACCAGGUUUUCGUGUUUGAUCUCGAUUGUAAGGAUUAGAAAGCUAGCAAGGCCUUGAUGUUGUCCUGCUAACGGAAGCCAAUGAUCCAGCUGGAGAAACCAGUUCUGACUGGUACCAUGCCGGUCGUGUGGCCCACCAUCCUCGACCUGGGAAGGGACGAGUGUAAAAGAAUUCUGCGUAAACUCGAGCUGGAGGCAUACGCUGGAGUUAUUAGCGCCCUGCGAGCUCAGGGAGACCUGACAAAGGACAAGAAGGACAUCCUGGGAGAGCUCACUAAGAUCCUCAGCAUCUCAACAGAGCGCCAUCGCGCAGAAGUUCGCAGGGCCGUUAACGAUGAACGCCUCACCACCAUCGCCUAUCACAUGUCUGGUCCCAACAACUCAUCGGAAUGGUCCAUCGAAGGACGCAGACUCGUUCCUUUGAUGCCGAGGCUGGUCCCUCAGACGGCCUUCACGGCCACGGCUAAUGCUGUGGCCAGUGCCACAGCCAAUCAGAACGCCUCCUUUCUGUUGCCGGCAGAAACAGGAAACAAAGAAGUGGUCGUAUGUUACUCCUACACGAGCACCACCUCCACCGCCACCAGCGCCACGGCGACUAGCGGACCUCUUGGAGCGUCUGUGAAAUCCCAGAGACCCGCCAGCCCGUCGUCCAAUGUGGUCGUGCUGCCCAGCGGGAGCACGGUCUACGUGAAAAGUGUAAGUUGUUCCGACGAUGAUGAAAAGCCUCGCAAACGAAGACGCACAAACUCGUCUAGCUCGUCGCCGGUGUUGCUGAAGGAUGUGACCAAGGUGUCGCCGUCGGUGUCUAAGAACAUCACGGUGCCGGUGAGCGGCAGCCCCAAGAUGAGCAACAUAAUGCAGAGCAUCGCCAACUCCCUCCCCCCUCACCUGUCCCCCGUCAAAAUCACCUUCACCAAACCCGCCCUCCAGACCACCAGCACCACCACACAGAAGGUGAUCAUCGUGACGACUUCCCCGAGCUCCGGCUUUGUGCCCAACAUCCUGUCUAAGUCUCACACCCAUAACGCCGCCGCCAUGGCCAAGCUGGGCUCCACCUCCAUUCUAACCACCCCCACACAGAAACAGACGGUGGUCUUCCCUGCCAGCUCCUGUCCCUCCAGCACCGUCGCCGUGACGACGGUGGUCUCCUCCACUCCAUCAGUGGUGAUGUCCACUGUGGCACAAUGUGCAGCUUCUGCCGGAGUGAAGGUUGCUUCAGCGAGGCUCCCAUCGCCGAAGACCCUGGUCGGCUCCCCCACCCAGAUCCUGGCCCAGUUCCCCAAACAGCAAUCCCCCAAACAGCUGCAGCAGAGCUCGCCUUUAGGAGCCUCCAGUAUCACUCAGAGCCAGGCCAACACCACCCCUCCAUCAGGAGCCAAACCCACCAUCCAGAUCAAACAGGAAUCUGGGGUGAAGAUAAUCACCCAGCAGGUGCAGCCCAGUAAAAUCCUGCCUAAACCUUCCUCUGUGGCUCUGUCCAGCAGCAGCUCUUCACCCAUUAUGGUAGUCAGCAGCAAUGGCACCAUCAUGACCACCAAACUGGUCACCCAGCCCACAGCGACUCAAACUACAUACACAAGACCCACAGUUAGUCCCAAUAUUGGUGCCAGAAUAUCAGCGUCCAGUGGAGGGACCACCUACGUCAAGACCACUAGUGGCAGCAUCAUCACCGUGGUCCCGAAGUCUCUGGCCACUUUGGGUGGGAAGAUCAUCAGCAGCAAUAUUGUGUCCGGAACAACCACGAAGAUCACCACCAUCCCCAUGACGUCGAAGCCCAACGUGAUAGUGGUGCAGAAAACUACAGGCAAAGGAGCCACCAUCCAAGGACUGCCAGGCAAGAAUGUGGUCACAACGCUGUUAAACGCUGGGGGAGAGAAGGGGCUGCAGGCAGUUCAGGGGACCAAACCAGCCAUUCUCACCACCUCCAGGCCCAUCACCAAGAUGAUCGUCACCCAACCCAAAGGCAUGAGCUGUGGAUCUCAGUCCACUGCCACCAAGAUCAUCCCAACCAAGAUUGUUUACGGCCAGCAGGGAAAAACACAGGUCCUCAUUAAGCCGAAGCCAGUGUUUCAGACGGCGGUGGUCAGUGAACAGACCCGGCAGCUGGUCACUGAGACGCUGCAGCAGGUGACCCGAGCUGCCGAGGUCAGUCAGGCUCAGACCUCGGGCCACGACGGCUCUGGGAAGGAGGAUACCGGGAGUCUGGGGGAGGCCCCCAGCGUUAGCAGCGAUGCCGCCCAGAGCAGCGCUCAAGAUCCGCAGCCUGUAGUGCACAUGGUGUCCUCCAGAGAGCAGGAUUGGACCGAGCAGGAAGUAGCUAUGGAGUCUUUUCCUGCCAUUAUCAACCCAGAGGUGUCCGGUUCGGAUUCCCAGUCCGCCACCUCAACCAUCAAAGCCCUGCUGGAGCUGCAGCAGACGGCAGCAGUGAAGGAGAAGGCUGAGUCCAAAGCGAAGCAGCCAACCAUCGACCUGAGCCUGAUGGCCGUUCCCAUCCAGCCGCCUCAGGAGAAGCUCAGCCCAAAGUCGCCAAAGCCCUCAGCAUCAGAGGCCGAACCCACGCCGGACCACGUCACAGCAGGUAAACCGAGCAGAGCGGAGGCGCCCUCGCAGGAAGGCGAUGCAGUGAUGUCGUACACUCAGCCAGCAGGGAAACCUCUGAAAAGCAACAGUCAGGUUCCCGUGGUAACCAAACCAGUCGCACCCGCCUCCGUGGCCACGCCAUCAAACCUGCUUCAGCCCGCAGACGCUCACAGGAAAACGGAGUCUGUCGUAGAGGUGACUGAGAUGGAGGGCGACACCCUGGACCCUCAGACGGGCUUGUUCUACCGCUCCAACAAACCUCCCUCUGACACCGUCAACCCAACGGCUCAGCUUGCGGCGGCGAGCCACGCCGAGGCAGAGCAGAGCCGACCCAGCUCCACCCCGGUCCAGCAGCCGCCUCCCCCGCAGCUCCAGAGCAAACCUCAGAUCAGCCAGCCCUCCUCCUCGUCUGCUCCUCCUCUCAUUAAGAAAAUCUGUAAACCACCGGAUCAGAGCACGCCUAAACCUCAAAGCUCAACUCCGAGCCCUCACAAAGACAGAGCCCCGGCUGUACCCACACAGACCGCAGCAAAGACCCAGACUCCCAGCACGCCAGUCAAGCCCCCGGUUACACCACAGCUCCCCAAGCUACAGCAAGCGCCGUCGUCCCACCACAGGCCUCUGCACGCUCCCAUGUCACACCCGCCUCCCCUGCAGGCGCACCACCCAGUGAGCACUGAAAAGCCCGCAUCCAGUCAGCAGCCAAUCAUCACUCAGAGUGCCACCGUCACCAAGAUCACCUUUGGCGGCUCUCACCACCCCACUCCGGUCUUCAGCAGUGGCGAGGCAGCCGCCAAAAUGAUCCCAGAGUCCAGUUCCGGGUCUUCAGGAGACAAGCAGUCGGUGUCCGACAUCCUGAAGAUCUCCAUGAUGGAGGCAGAGAUCGAUCCCAGCACGGAGCCCAUGGUUGUGGAUUCUUCUAGCGACUGCGGCCCUCUGGGAAAAACCCUGGACGUCCAGUCGGUGUCGGGAACGCUGGACUCGGGCCAGUUCAUCAGCAGCUCCGUAGCCGGCGUGCGCCACACUAAGCCACAGCAGUUCAGCUGCGUUCAGGGCCUCGCGGCACAGAGCAGCAAAGACGACCUGGAAGUCAUUGAGGUGAUCCCUCAGUUCUCCAUCCUGCCAGACUCCAGUCAGUCCAACGUGGUGGUGGAGCCCAGCGGCUUCCUGGAGAUCACCAACUACACCAGCCAGCAGCUGGAGGAGGACAGCCCCAUGGAGCAGGAGGUGGACAGUAGCAACGACGAGGCCGCGGCCGCCAGCCCCGCAGGGCAGCCGUAGGCGCUCUGAGGCCGGGACUCUGACAUGAGCAAGGCACUUCUACACUUUGAACCAGCAGACUGAUGAUCUAUUUCAGAUUCACACCCAGCAGACCGUUCUGUUUCUUUCUUUCCUCUGAGCGUGUAAAACAUCACUUUGUUAGUCUCCUCUCUCCGCAGCUAAUGGCCCAUGUGGUUUUUAUUGCUGUGAAAGCUGAGGUGAAAGGAUUAGCUUUAGCUCAGAACAGCUGGAAAAAGCUCCAGCGUUUUAACGUACUCGCACAACUUUUGUCAAACCUUUCCACGUUUAUAACCCAGAAGAGGAUUUUUUUUCCUUUUUUUUGGAAUAUUCGGAUCUACUUUGCAUCAUUUCAGAAACAUAAACUGCAUCUGUGUUAAUAGCUGUCCAUAGUGUCUCCUUUCUCAUCAGAGAAACUGUAUUUUUAUCCUGACUGAAUAACAACAAACUUUCUCUCGCAUUUUGGUUUUAGAGAUAAAAAAAAAAAAAAAAGGGAACAUCGCUGGAGCGGAUUUAUUUCUCUGUGAGACUUUAAGCAGACCCAGAAAAGAGAGCUGAAGGCUGGAUUCUGUCCAAGAUACGCCUCACUUAAACGAGAAGAAAUAAACAAUGCACCAUUGGUUUUUUUUUUUGUUGUAAGAUUGACUAAGGUUAAGAAAAGAAGCUGUUGUCAGGUUUGCAUUUGUCUUGGCAUCGUUUGUUACAGCUGCAUUUUUUUUCUUACUUUUUCAAACUAGAGGACUCAUGAGAAAUCAUUUAAUCUGCACAAUAAAGCAGUUGAGUGAAACUUA